AUGAUGCCUAGCUUAAAAACCGUCCAUGCCCGCGCCUUGGUAGCCGCUGCUCCCGUUCUCUGCUCCGGGUCCGGAGCGUCGUCUUCUCUCAGUAUGGCUUCAUCUUCCGUUACCUGGGCUGCCUACCUGUGGCGCUUCAUCGUGAGCAUGCUGGCGCCCUCGACUGCCCUGCUCCCCUUUGGCGCCUGGGCCGCCUCCGUCUGGGGCUCACCCGUCCCCCCCGAGCUGUACCUCCAACCUCACCACCACUCGGCUCAGCAGCAGCAGCCGAUGCAGACGGCCCUGCCUUUUGGUGCCAGGACCGUCUCCGACUUCAACUGCUUCUCCCCGAACCUCCCCAAUGUCACCAUCUACGCCACGGGGGGAACCAUCGCCGGCUCCGCGGGCUCUGCGCACCAGACGACGGGGUAUCAUUCCGGUGCCCUCGGCGUCCAAGCUCUCAUCGACGCCGUGCCGCAACUGUGCAACGUCGCCAACGUGCGCGGUGUCCAGUUUUCCAAUGCCGACAGCAUUGACAUGAAUUCGACCAUGUUGAUGAUGUUGGCCGAGCAAAUUCAGGAUGAUCUCGACAGCCCCUAUACCCAGGGCGUUGUUGUGACGCAUGGCACCGACACUCUUGAUGAGUCGGCCUUUUUCCUCGAUCUCACCGUUCAGAGCGACAAGCCCGUUGUUAUGACGGGCUCAAUGAGGCCUGCCACUGCCAUCAGCGCCGAUGGACCCAUGAAUCUGCUCUCAUCCGUGACGCUAGCUGCGACGGAGAGCGCCCGUAGUCGGGGAGUCAUGAUUGUCAUCAACGACCGCAUUGGAUCCGCUCGCUUCACCACCAAGGUCAACGCCAACCACCUCGACUCUUUUCAGUCCCCGGACAGCGGCCAGCUGGGCACCUUUGUCAAUAUUCAACCCGUCUUCUUUUACCCGCCCUCUCGUCCGCUUGGCCACCGCCAUUUCGACCUUCAGCGCACCAAUGGGCGCUGGCCCGGGCAUCAACUCGCCCCUGAUGCGGCAUUGCCUCAGGUUGAGGUGCUGUACGGUUACCAGGAGCUCAGCGUCGGCAUGUUCCAAGCGGCCAUCGACCUUGGCGCUCGAGGAAUCGUGCUCGCUGGACUCGGCGCCGGUUUUUGGACCUCAGCAGGCACCGAAGAGAUCCGGAGAGUGGUCCGGGAGACGGACAUUCCCGUUGUGGUCAGUCGGCGACCGGAAGGCGGUUUCGUUGGCCCAUGCGAGGCAGGCAUCGGCGCGGGUUUCCUGAACCCUCAAAAGGCGAGGAUCCAACUUCAGCUGGCCCUCGAGACGGGCAUGGACAAUGAUGCCAUCCGAGCCCUGUUUGAGCAUACAGGAGUGCAUUAA